AUGUGUGAUACCAUGCGGCAAUCCUCACCAAGUCUAGGCCUAGAAGAGAGCAACAACAACAGCAGCAGCAACAGCAACAAGAGAAUUGGGUUGCCUCCUUCUCAUCCAAACAACCCUCAUAUCUUUGGUUCUGGGGGUGGUGGCGCCGGUGCUAGCGGAGUAGGGCCGUCUCAUUUGAGGUCAUUGUCUCAAUCCUCCAUGUUUUCUCUUGAUUGCCUCCCUCCAUUGAGUCCCAUGCCUCAUCAUCCCUCGGUUCCAACUCCGUUGUCUAUGGAGGAAAAGGCUGGAUUGCCACCUCGUAGAGGACACAGGCGAUCGAUGAGUGACACUGUUCCAUUAGGGUUCUGUGCCAUGAUCCAGUCUUCCCCUCAGUUGCUACCUUUACCGGGUCAAGGUGGAUUCGAUUUUGUGAAACAGGAGUUGGGUUGGGGGGGAGAUGGGGAUGGUAAUGUGGAAGGGAUGGGUGAGAGGCGACGGCAAGAAAGGGAGCCUACUGAUGAGAUGCUGAGUGCUUAUAUGCAAAUGGAUAAUAUUGAUCCGUUGAACUCUUCGGGCACCGAGGAUAAGGAUUUGGACAGCAGGGCGAGUGGGACUAAGAUGAAUGGGUCUGAGAGCAGUGAUAACGAGGCAGAGAGUCAUGUUAAGGGGCUGAAGAGGAGUGCUGAUGCUGACAUUGGGCCUGCUGGUCUACACCAUAGGAGCGUGUCAAUGGAUAGCUUCAUGGGAGGUUUAAGGUUGGAUGACGAGUCGAUGAAACUUCCUCCUAGCAUGAACAGAGUUGGUCAACUAAACUCCCCUUCCAGCUCAAUGCAAGGGAAUUUCAGCAAGUUCAACUUGGAGUUUGGGAAUGGCGAGUUUACUGAAGGGGAACUGAAGAAGAUCAUGGCUAAUGACAAGCUUGCCGAGAUUGCAAUGGGUGAUCCAAAACGGGUUAAAAGGAUAUUGGCAAAUCGUCUGUCUGCUGCUCGGUCUAAGGAGCGCAAAAUGAGGUACAUUUCUGAAUUGGAGCAAAAGGUGCAAACUUUACAGUCAGAAGCAACUACAUUGUCUGCCCAGGUUACAGUUUUGCAGCGUGAUUCCUCAAAUCUCACAAGCCAGAACAAUGAACUCAAAUUCCGUCUUCAGGCAAUGGAACAACAGGCCCAGCUCAAAGAUGCUCUAAAUGAAGCACUGGUUGCAGAAGUCCAACGACUGAGGCUCUCUGCAUCAGAGCGUGGAGGAGCAGAUGCUCAUCAGCAGCAGCACCAGCAGCUUCCUGCUAAUCAUCCUCUAAUGCAGCAGCAGCAGCAGCGUCAACUUACCGGUCAAAUGAAUGCAUAUCAUCAUCAGCAACAGCUAAACCAAUCAUCGCAAUCUCGAAGCAGCGAAUGA